CAUUAACAUCUCGCUCGUCCACUUCACACGCCUGUCAUCCAUCUCAAUAAAAAUGGCACCCUCACGUCCCAUAUCAACCAAGCCUCCUUCGUCCACACAGUCCGCUCUAAUCGGUUCCUUCAUUCCACGGGCCGCCCCGUCCAGCAUAACAACCGCGUCCAGGCGCAGGGACACACUCCGGAUAUCCAAGAAGCCGCCGACAGCCAAGUCCAAGUCCAAGUCCAAGUUGUCAGCCUCAGACGACCGAGUGCUAUCUGACGUGCUCCUCGCCAUCAAGCCCGUCCACCUAGCCAACAUCGCUAGCCGGCAGAAGAACCACGAGUAUCGCAAAUACCGGCUACGCGAUGAGGUUACGCGGCUGUGGCUGUACGAGACGCGCGGGGGCGGCGAGGGUCGGGCGUGUAUUACACACAUCGCGGUCAUCCCACCGUCGGUACGCCGUACCCCUGGUACCGUGCCGACUGAGCCUUUCGGCAUAGGCAACGACGACUUCAACGCCGGGCGUAAACAAUCCAAGUACGGAUACCCCGUGCUUGAGCUCUACGAGCUGGUCCGCCCCGUGACGCUGGCGGAGAUGAAGAGCCGGUGGGGCAUGGGCGGCGCGCCCAUGGGAUGGCGCUACGUGGGCACAGAUCUGUGGCAGGACCGGUGGGGAGACGAUCAAGAGAGGGCUGGGAAAGUCAGCCGGGUGUUUUAGGGCCUGGUGGAAUAUCGCGGUCUGUAGAACGAAGUAAUUACUGCAGCUCCGCGCUCAGCCCUGGCUAAAACGGCUACAGCCUAAUCCUUGCAGAGUCAGAAUUGAGCUUGCUUCUCCUGGUCCAGAAUUGCGUCGUUCGGAGCCGUAGUGCUGAUUGGAGAGGGCGAAAGGGGGGAGAAAAGCAAAAAGAGGGCAGGCCUUGGAUGGAAACGUUCGUGAAGGACAGCAGGCAACGGAGGGAUCAUUUCUAUUCGCAGCUCGUCGACAUUCUGGACCAGUUGCGCCAGCAUGAGUUUGACUACGCAGGUUCGCUGAUGCCUGAUCCUGGUGGCGAAUUGGAUCCCCUGGGUCGGCUUAUCCCCCAUUAAUUGACAUCACAAACCCGGGCGCCAUUGAGGGCGAGCAAUGGGCUAGACAUCUUCCUCGGGUCGCUACGCAAUAAACCUGCGCACCAUGGAUCUCGGCAAGGCCG